ACAUCGAUAGUCGAUCUUUGUAGAAACUUCCAUCGGUAUUUCUCCACCUCUAAUGUGCUUUUAUCGUUUCCAAGCACUGAGAUUUCCUUUCUUGUGUAAACAUUUGGUGACAUCUAACAAACGCAGGUGUUCUUUAAUUUCGCAUUUUCCGAAAACUUGAAGAAAAAAAAGCAUCAACAUGCCUAGGAUUAAAUUCACUGAGAAACGCAUUGUCAAGGAAUUACCUAUUCAGAAAGGUACAAAUAAUAUUCAAAAAAAGGUCACAGAGUGCGACUCUUUCCCAAAAAUUGCAAUUGGGGGUUUCAACGAGAAGAUCCUGCCCAAUCGUGAAUGUAGCAAUAAUAUCUUGAAUACGGCUGCUGCUACUAAUUUAGAUCCGAAGACUGAUGUCGACUCAAAGUCUGAGUUGGGACACAGUCCAAUGAACGCUUCAGCACUUGGUAAAGUGAUAAGAAAACGUGGGCGAAAAACUUGUAUGUCGUCGGCUGAAGAGACCAACAACUUCAACGCGGGCGCAACAUUAGUAAGUCUAGCUUCUGGUGGUUCCGACGGUUCCAGGGGAAAAGAUGGGGCCUGGGAUCUGGAGAAGCUGCGUAAGGUGCGCAUCUACGAGUGGAAUGGCAGAAAUAUGGUUGAUCUUCGUAACUACUUCGAGCGUGAUGGAAAGAUUCUACCCUGUAAGAGGGGUGUCAUGAUGCCGAUAGACCAAUGGAAGAAGCUUCUAGAAUUUGGCGACGAAAUCACCCGCGCAGCUGAGAAUUAGAGAAUUUGAACGUUGAGUAACAUCUACAAAAAAAGCCGAAAUAUGUCCCCUAUUUAGAA